GUUUUUGUGGUCUCCACUUGGCUGCUUGGUGUGUCAAAAUACCCCGCUCGUUCGCACAUCCUUUCUCAGCUGACGCCGUCUGGGGUGGAGAGCGCAAAAUAAGUCCUUUGGAGAGAGGUUGUAAUGCUUUCCUCUGGCUUGGGACCUGCUAACAUGGAGCUAAGGUGAAGAUGGACUACCCACCGCCAAAAUCAGACAGAAUGGGGAAAUCCAGACUGUUUCGCAUCUUUCUGAUCCUGGGCUCCGUGUUCAUGAUCCUGUUGAUCAUCAUCUACUGGGAUGACGUUGGAGCGACCCACUUCUACCUGCACACCACCAUAUCCGGCCCGCACACCUCCCGGCAGCCCCCGGAGGGUAACACCGAUCCCAAACCCAAGCCAGACACGGACAAAGAACCCUCUUUCCUGUCGGACAUUGAUGCCUUUGUCAACCAGUUUCUGAUUGGCACCGCAGACCCCACCGAGCAGGUGAGAGGGGAGCCCCUUGCAAGCGACGCGAACCAGAACCAGUCCAACGAGUCCAAGUCAGAUGAGAAGUUUGUUCCCAGGCGCGAGUGGAAGAUCCACUUGACUCCGAUCGCCCAGGAACUAAGGCAAAGACAGGAGGACCGGAGACAGAUGGUCCGCGGCCUCUGCAGUGGCAACAGCACACUCGACUUCCCCGGCAAGAACAGGACAUUUGACGAAAUCCCCAACAAGGAGCUGGACCACCUGAUCGUGGACGACCGGCACGGGAUCAUCUACUGCUACGUGCCCAAGGUGGCCUGCACCAACUGGAAGCGCAUCAUGAUCGUGCUGAGUGAGAGCCUGCUGGUGGACGGCGUGCCUUACCAGGACCCCCUGGACGUGCCCACCGAGCUCAUCCACAACAGCAGCCUGCACUUCACCUUCAACAAGUUCUGGAAGCGCUACGGCAAGUUCUCACGCCACCUCAUGAAGAUCAAGCUCAAGAAGUACACCAAGUUCCUGUUCGUCCGUGACCCAUUUGUCCGCCUCAUCUCCGCCUACCGGAACAAGUUCGAGCAGGAGAACGAGGAUUUCUACAAGAGGUUCGCUGUGGUCAUGCUCAAGCGAUUCGGAAACUACUCGGAUCCCCCAGCGUCGGUGGUAGAUGCGUUUGCUGCCGGCAUCAGGCCAACUUUCUCCAACUUCAUCCAGUACCUCCUAGACCCCAACACGGAGAAGGAGGCCCCCUUCAAUGAGCACUGGAGACAGAUGUACCGCCUGUGCCACCCAUGCCAGAUCAACUACGACUUUGUGGGGAAGCUGGAAACCCUGGAUGACGAUGCCGAGCACUUGUUAAGAAUCCUGCGUGUGGACAACGUGGUCCAGUUCCCGACGAGCCAUCGGAACCGAACGGUGACCAGCUGGGAGCGAGAUUGGUUCGCCAACAUUCCGUUUGAGUCGAGGAGAGAACUCUACAAGCUCUACGAAGCUGACUUCAGAUUGUUUGGAUAUGCAAAACCCGAGAAACUUUUACAUGAGUGAAGCAGUGCCCCAUUUUAAGGAUAGGAAAUAUGGGAAAUAUUUCAGUUUUAAUGCUAUUGUCAUUGUACUGACUUUUCAUUAUUUUUUCUAAUACCCCCUGGGGUUUUGUACAAGGGAUGCUUUUAUUUGUGCUGUCUGGUUUCUUGAGUCAUCUUAGUGAUUCAGACAUUUUAUUUUGCAAUGCAAGGGUUUGAACAGGGGGAAGCAUGAAAAACAGUGAUGUUUUUUUUUUUAUUGGGUCCCAGCAACCUCAAUGAGUUGGUUAACAAGGUAGCAAGCAGUAGAGGUUGUCUGCUGGUGUCAGACUUUUUGUAUUGUUUUAAUAAGUAAAUGUAUACAGUUGAGGCACUUUGGUCACAAGAGAAAGUAAUAUCUACUGUAUAUCAGCAGUAUUUUCAAAAAGGUAAAGGUCUUUGCUGCUCACAGAGAGAAUUAGGACAGCUUCUAAAAGGGGAAACGUGCAACCAGUCAGUUUAAUGAUUUUUAUAAAAACAUGUUUAUUUGAAUGUUUUGUUUUGUUUUGUUUUAGUUCAUUUAUAACUCCCCUCUCACAACCGAGGAAGAAUGAAUGUGACUAUUUGUGUGAAUGUGUUACAAAUGCAGCUAUCUUGCAUAGAUAACUUUUUUUUAAUCUUAGUUUGUACAUAUUUUUCUGUUUAAAUGGCACAAGCAUCCAUCGUAGCAGUGAUGUUAUUUAGCAUGCAGUGACGCAGAUAUGCUUUGCUGCCUAUCGGCAUCAAAAGGAAAUUCCUUUGUAGCAGAUUAUGUUUGUGAGGACGAUUGUCAGGCCUCUGUUUCCUCUGCAUCCAUGCAUCCUCCUCCUUUUUAUUGUCACUUUCAUUUGAGUUGGGCUCUCUUGCAUUUGGAAGGAGCACUGUUAAACGGGCAGAGUUUGUUUGCUGUAGUCCUCUCUGCAUGCCAUAGAUUUGAACCAAGCAUGUUUGCCUUGCAGUCCUUGUCGACAAGUGUAGACAAGAGGGAAAUACAGUCCUUCCUAACUUAAGCAGUCCAGUGAAGUCUAGAAGGUGUUGUCUCUGUUAAAUGAAUAGGAAUUAGACUAAUGGGAGCGAUUUAAGACAUCAGGCAUCAGACAUCAGGCAAAUCACUUUAAGCAAAACAAUAUUUGCUUUUAGAGCUGGUUACAUUGGGCCUUUGCAGCAGAAGCAUCAGCAUCAGCAAAGCAUUAUUUGCAGAGCAAUGCUUCUUCUUGGGUAGAACAACCCUAACAAGGGUCUUUUAGUAGAGAAGUUAGAUGUUGGGCAAUUCAUUAUCCAUUAUCCUACACUCCUUUCUUUUCUUUUAAAGAUGCCAUCAGCCUGAUGCACUUUGCACAGAGUACUGUAGAUUCUGCCCUUGAGAAUGUGUGUGCAUGUGUUUGAUUUCUUUUGGCAGUUGUGUGUGUGCGUUUCCUCCAUGGGUCCUGUAAUGCUCCGGUGGGCUGGGGUCAGAGGGGGAGUCAGCAGCAGGGGACCUGGACAGCAUCCAUGGGACAGGACGGGAAGGGAAAGAGGGCUGGACAGAUGCGUUAUCUCUUCUGACCAGCUGGCCCCCAGGUCAGGGCUCACCUCCAGAGGAGAGGAGACUCCUGGUUAACACUGCACUGUUGCACCCACACUGUAACGGUGCCUUUUUAAAGACAAGGGAAGUAACGUUUACACAGCAAAAAGCAUAAAAGAAAAAAGUAUUUUUCUAAGUCUGAGUAUAUUUGUCUAUGGGUAAAGACUAUUGGAACUCCUGGGGAAAUAUUUUAAUGAUGUAUAGUAUAUUUGAUGUAUGCUGUAUGUUUUUAAAGAAUAUUGCUAUAUCUGGCCAAGGUAAUGGCUAGGAUGCUGAAUCUUGUCAAUGCAUUUUUCUUUCCUUGUUGACGUUUGGUUUUGUGUGGACAAAGCACAUCCUUCUCCCAUGUUCAGUAAAACAGAAGAUGCUUAGUUCUAUGUACUGUCCUUUGCCUAUGUAUUUUUGAAUAUGGUUGUGCAACAAUACAAAACUUGACGUUAUUUUGUUAAAGUUAUGUGCCAUAAGAACUUGGAGAUUUUGAGCUACAUGUGAUUAUUUGUGACCUUUCUGAUGCCUCCAUCUAAACGGGGAAAAAAAGAGUAGAAUGUCUCCUAACAGGACUAAUUUCAGUCACAGCAAGUCCUAGUUGCAUGCAAUGUUUAGUUGCAGGGUAAACUAUAGUGUUAGCUCAAAAAGGGAUAUCUUUGUGUAUAGUUUUCAUCAGGUCUGAAUAGUGAAAAAAAACUGUCAAGUGGACUGGUUUUAGGUCACAGUGCUCAGUCCUUAAUUUAUUAUUGUAUUAUUUAAUACAUGUUCAGGCAGUUACAACAGAAAGGAUGGAAAUGUGGGCAUGAUGUAAUAUAUUUUCAUCAUUUUCUCAGUUCCUCAGUUUCAGCCUUUGAUAAGAUCUUGUCGUGUGUUGCACAUUUUGGUUCUCCGUCUGGGCAUUAAAGUGACAUGGUUAAAA